AAAGUUUAUCGCUUGAUGCUCGGCUGCUUUAGAUGGAAACCAGAAGUUUUCCCAGGAGGGUCAGCUGAUAAUGAUACGGUACUCAACUUAUCCAGAGAACACACAUCGACUUCUGCCUGUGAUUUGUCUAUUACAAGUGUCAGUUUACCAGCAUCAUCGUCUGUCAGCAGUUCACAGUCUACUUCAUUUGAGCCGGCUCCUACGGUUUCAAAGAGUCAGUGUUCAGUUUCCAAAAGCAAUUUCUCAAUACUGAAUUUAACAAAAGAUUGUGUGAAACACACCAGCUCGGUUAUCAAACAAGAGAAUGAGUCUGAUCCCCUUCCCCCUGAUACAGCGGAGACCAUCGCACAAGAAGUGGAGUGCUCUCCUCAGCGUCCGGCGUCUAGAGACAGUUGUUGUGUGGAAAACACUCAAGACUCUGUCGCGUCAGCUGCUGACUCUGAACACACCAAAGGAGUUGAGGGUUCUGCGAUGGACCAUGGUUACAAUUCAGAGACCAAUGAUGAAAUUCAGAGUGACCAAGAAGAGAGUUACAAAAAAGUGAAAAGGAAACCUGGAAGACCACGAAGUUUACACAAAAAGGACAAAGUAAAAGGUAAGGUGGGUAGAGUUUGGGAAUUUAUACGUGAUCUAAUCAUGGACCCAAAAUACAACCCCAAAGUGAUCUCAUGGGAAGAUCGAGAGAAAGGGUUGUUUCGCUUUCGAAGCGGAGACCAAGUUGCCAAGCUGUGGGGCUGCAAGCGGGGAAACCCUCGCAUGAACUUUGAAAACUUCAGUAGAUCCAUCAGGCAAAACUACAAGAAAGGUUACUUGUUGCCGGUGGAGAAGAUUCGUCUGGUGUACCAGUUCGGGCCUCGCUCCACGGGUUGGCGUCCGGGUGAUCCCCCCACUAAACCCGUCACUCUCCCCUCCAACACCCCCUCCCCCUCCGCCGCGGCUGCUGCCACUACUGUUGCUCAAUAGAUUGUACCCCCCCCCCUUUGUAGUGGCUGCAAAGGCUUAUUUAUGGUGUUACUUAGUGUUUAAUGUAUUUUUUUAUAAAUUUGUUAUUCUAUAUGUUAAAUGUCUUAAUUUAUUUGAAUCUUAUAACGAAUUGACUUGAUAGACAAGUAUAAAAAUGUAAUGGUUUCAGUUAAAUUCUGGAACGUAUAAAAAGCGGAAUGAAAAUAUUCAAUAAUUAGAAUAUUUUAAAAGCUUGGUUAAAAAAUGAAAGCAACAACUUUAUCACUGAAACUCGUUAUUUAUUUCUUAUUACGUUUAUGUUGAUAAUUUACUGUUUUGCUUGAAUGUUAAAUGCUAGAAAGUUGUAAAUAAACGGUUUACUAUUACGGUUUAAAUAUUUCUAAAAUUUUAUUAUAUAUGUAAAUUGUUGUUGAUAUGGAGAUGUAGGUAUUUUAUUAUAUAGCCUACCUAGUUUAUAUUUUUGUAUGAAGAUACUUUGUAAGAGUAAUUUUAUAGUUAGUAAGUAUAAAUUAAAUAGGCCCAAUUAUUCCCUUGAAAAUAUAAUUUUGUGAAGUUUGUUUACAGAUAGUGUAGUUAUUUGAGGAACAAGGCCCAUUUACUACAGGGUUUGUUAGAUUUAACGUUUGAGGUCCACUACCACCUGAGUGACUUGAGUCUUGUGUGCUGAUGUGUUUUGAGCACAAAUUGAAAUUAACCUUAAAUACUCACUGGAGCAUAGUUUGUUUUUCAUGGCUUAUCUUGUAUAAUGAGUUUUUCACUUUAACACGUUUGCUGUACUAUUCUCUGUCACUUGCAUGAGUGUUUGUAUGCUUGAACAUCAUACAAUACGUCAAAUACACUUAUAAUUAUUGUUGAGCAAAUCAAAAAACGAAGUAAAGUUAAGUUGAUUUUAACAACUGCUGUCCAAAGUUAUGUAAAACCAGUAAAGAAAGAGAUUACGUUACGAUAGUGAACAUCUAUCCUCAACAGAUUAAACGUUGGUUAAAAAUUAAGAGCUUUAUCUGUAGAAAUUAUGGUCAAUGAUAAAAAUAAAAACGUGUGUAUAUUAAGUUUGAUAAGCCUCGCGCUUUGUAGGAGGAGCCUUAACACUUUUUCCAGGAUCAACUUGCUUGUUGUGAAUCAGUAGAAAGGCGCCUAGUGCCUUUUUAUUAAACAAACUGAAACAUAGGAACAGCGUUCAGGGCGUCUUAAAUAAGUAUUGCUUUAUAAACUGUGGAUUUGUCCUUCAAAAGUGUAUUCUUUUGUGGCAUGGUAAAAAGGUUGGGACCACAAUAAUGCAUAUGUUGAGUUUGUGUAUAUGUGUUAAUUUCUCAGGGUAAAAAAGUCAAACCUUAAAAAUGUUUGUCACUAAGAUAAAUUAAAAUCCCUCAGGUAAAGGUGAAAACUAUUAAUAUAUUUAGACACUUUUAAAAACUUAUACUGUAAUAACUUUAUAUAAUAUUUUUCUUGUUAUUUUAUUUUCUGAUCUUUAUCUUAGAAACAAAAUUAACAGUCUGCUUUACCUAUCAGCUACAACCCAUUUAUAGGACUACAUAAAUGGAUUAUCAAUAUGACAUCAUAAUUCAUAACACGAUGCACAUUAGCUUUUUCCAUUCUUCAGUAGAAUUUAUUUUGUCUUUCUUCAACUUUUCUUAAUAAGUGUAAGAUUCAUUUUCAUUAGAUAAAAACAAUGUGUAUAACCGCUUUAACACAUUUGUGAUAGCUUCAAAAGUGAAACUGUUUUAAAAGCAUGUGCAGCAUUUAAUUGUUUUUGUAGUUUAGUUUGGUUUCAACAAUAAUAAUUAUUCUCUUUAAUUAACACUGCUAUUUUUUAAAGGAUGAUUAGAUUUUAGUUCACUUUUUUGACACUGGGGCACUAGUCUUCACAGGAUGUAUCUCUUUAACUUGAUAAUGUAAAACUCUUCAAAGUUAACAUUGUUUUUUUAAAAACACAGUACACCAAGUCAAUGUUACUUAAAUUUUCAUGGGCUUCUUUAAACCUUUAAAGUGCCUAAAAACCAUAUUUUCACAUGUAUUUGUCUCCUUUUACUGUUUUAACAGUAGUUUGUAAAUUAGGUUUUCCACCCAUAACAAUGGCACUAAUAUCAGGGGCGGUGCCUUAUAGCUUUCCUUUUGAAAAUUAUUAUCUUCAUUAAUUAGUUUUGGAAUAAAGUAGGAAAUGUAUGUUUCAAGCACUUGCAUGUCAAUUAUUAUUGGGUUUUAACAGUUUAACUUGGGUUGAUAUGUAUAAAUGUUUGAAAAUACAUUUACGCAUGGUAUUUAAAUACUAAAUUAGAUAAUGUUAAUGUUAUUGCAAGAUUUUAUAAAUAAAGUAAAGUGCUGUUUAGUCUCUUACAGUAUAUUUACAAAUUGAGCUUUUAAACAGCACAAGGCCUAUUUAAGAAUCACUGGAUUUCGAUAAAGUGUAAUUUAAUUUUGCUUCCUAUUAAACCUUAAUUUUUUGUAUAUGAGUAAAAACUCCUUCAGUCUUAUAGUUAAAUGAUUGUUUGAAAUUUUAAAUAUUUUAUAGCAAAGAUGUUUGCUAGUAGGAAAACGGUCAUAAAAAAUUGCAAAAGUAAACAUAGAUAGGCUACUAGAUAGAUAUUAUAUUCUUUCAAUAUAUGUACAAUUCCAUUUUUUUUUAUCAUUGCUAAUACGUAGCCCUAUGUCUUAAACUCAAACUUUAAAAAUCUGGUCCUAAAUGUAAAACUUUAUUACAUCAAAAAUUAUAGAAAAGGCAAUUAGUAUAUUUAGGCUAUGUUUUGCGUUUGUUAUUAGCUUUGAAAAUCUAAAAAGGCAAACGAUUUAUAUUAUCUUAGCCUAUAUUGCCAUGUAAACUGAAGGGUUUUAUUUUUUUAAAUUGUAUUGUAACUCCAAUUAAAUUCUAUAUUCUUCGAUCUUUUUCUGUAAAUGUUGCUACAUAAUGUCAUUAAUGUCUGUGAUCGUCUUAGCAUUGGUCAUUGUCAUAGGUUCUCCGGAAUACCAGAACGUGAUUUUUAAUAUUUUUCAAAUGAAUUUUAGCUUUUGUUGUGAACAUGUUUUCCUUAGUCGAUGGUUCUUUAAUGUAUCUGUUCCACAGCUAUUGUAUUUUCUGUGUGCAAUUUCACCCAUAACAUGUUAUAGACUAGUAAGCCUAAACUGGCGAGCACAUAAGCAGACAGUGAAGCCAAAUUAAUGUACCAAUAUUAUUGUGUUAGGCCUAUCGCAAAUGUUUAAUUGUGAAAUGCUCAAAGAAGUACCAUGACUGUUAAAUGUAGUUUUGGGAAUCGGCACACUCAUCAAGCACUGGUGACUGUUACACACUUACUUAUGCUAAAUGUUGUGUUAUAAUGCCCUCACUAGAGUAGGAAACACCCCUUACCUCACUGUUGGUUAUCUUCAUCUGCUCAAGAAUAUUUAAUAUAGUCCUUAAACUAAACACAUUGAAGGUAAAUAUUGCUAUUUGGCACUUUACUUCUGUUCUCCAUUUAUUUUGAUUUUUAUUCAACAGUAUUGGGGUGAAAUAUAAAUUCAAUGGUCAAUUUUUCGGCACAAUAUAGAAAAUACAUGUUCUUUUUAUCUAAUAGAAAAUAAAAUAUUUUCAGUAAUUGAUUUAAAAUAAUACAAUUUGUUUAAGCUGGAAUUACUGAAAUUCACACCACUCACAAUUUUAGGAAUAAUAUGAGUUACAAUUUGAGAUACAAUUUUUCUAACCCUAACAUUUUGUGCUAAUUUUAAAGUAGGCUGUAGGAAAGUUACUCUCAGAGUUUGCAAGACAGUGAGAUAUUUUACCUGCAAUGUGUUUUUACAGAGAAGUGAGGUAAAGAGGAAACUUGCUUAUAGGACAACCGUGCUCUUUCAGCUCUUGUGUGUUGUGCCAAAAAUAUACUUGUGACAAGCAAGGAAGAGCCCUGCUAGCACUGUGCGGAUAUUCCUUUUACACAGGGCACAGGGUCUUCCUCCAACGUCAGCGUUGUAGAACAUGAGGACAUUGACAUUGCCCUAGACACCACUUAAGUUUACCAUUGAAUUUUUCCUUACCUUACUUCUCUGUGGUUUAAUAUAGUAAAGUAUGUACUUCUUGAUUUCUGCUUUAUAGUGAAUAAAGAGUGCUCAAGUCUCUACCAAUCUGUACCAAAUGAGUGGUUUUUGUAGAUGUGAUAUUCUAUUUCAAGAGAUAAAAUCAAAUAUUUUUGUAAAUUUAUAAAGUAAACAUUGUUUUUAUUAUUAUUUCUAUACUUUGAGAAAUGUUAAAAUACUGGUAAAAUGGAUAUUGUGUUGAUAUCUUGUAAAGUAAAUUGUUAACCUUCAUAAACAUCGAAUGUGUAUUUUACAAGUUAAAAAUUUAUAAAUUUACUCCAGCCAUCAAAAAAAUCCAUUUUGCUAGUUAUUGAAUAUACUUAAAAUAAAAAUAUAAUUGGUAACUUUUGAUGAACUAUAUAUCUGCUUCUAGUUCAACAGCACAUGUUAACUAGUUUCACAAAAUAAAUACUUGGAAUACAUAAAAAUUGUAUUUCUACCUGUAAAUCUCAGUAAGCGUGUGUUGUUUGUAUUUUUCAUAGUAAUGCAUAGUCCGGAUGUGACCAUAGGUCUAGUUAAUGCCAACAUAAAUUCUUGUGUUUAUAAUUGUUGUAUCUCUAUGAAAGUUUGUACCAGUUUUUGCAAGGUUGUAUCCUAUAUGUUAGUAGCUAUGUGUUCUUCAAUUGAAACUGUUGAUGGCAUCUAUAUGGAUUUAAUGUUUCAUCUGAUUCUUUUAUCGAUAGAAUCAUAUCAGUGUUUGGGCCUAUCGCCUACUUCCUCCCCUAAAUAAACAAUUAAUUGUUUGCCAUAACAGCAUUCCAAGUCAUUGAAAUAAAUAUACUUUGAAAGAAAAUCAUAUUGUUAAAAAGUGUUGUCAUACAAGGUGAUCUUCUGAGUCCAUCCUGUUUCUUUAUUUAAUUUUAAAGCAAUAAAAUGAAAACUUCAUAAAGCAAGGAAGACUGACAAACCAACAGUUUUAGAAAUGAUUGCUUAGUUGUUCACCGUGAAAUACUUUACUUUGCCUGUUUAAGACUGAAAAUAAUAAGAGAUAUUGGAAGUGCCAUGUUGUGGGGUACUGCUUAAAGUCUUCAUCUAAUUGUUGUUAUAAACAAGGUGUCUAUUCUGAUUUGCGUUAUUGAGAAUUUGAUUUUUCUAUCAGUGUUUUUAUUCUUAGUAAUUUUAGAAUAAAUGUUUUUACCAGUUUUCAUAUAAAGAACAUUACCGAUAUUUUGUACUUGCAGUAUUGUAUUGCAAUUUAAAAAAAUAUAUUUAUUUCUAGUUUUUUCAUAGUUUUCUACAUUCUAAUUAGAGACAUCAGGAAUAGAUGCCUUGCAUGGUUUGUGUGCACAUUAAAUGAUUUCAUAAUUCUGUAGGCAGUGCUAAUGUAGUUAAUUAUUAAUAUAUUUACAAUUAAGUGUUUUCUUUUAUAAUGUGUAAUAUCUGGACCGAUACAGGGUAUUUAGUGGAAACUAGUAAAAAUACUGUAAUCAAU